GGCUUCUUGAAUCGAUCGCCAUCAUGGGUAAGGUGCACGGGUCUUUGGCACGCGCUGGAAAGGUGCGUGGACAAACACCAAAGGUGCAGAAGCAGGACAAGAAGAAGCAGCCCAAGGGUCGCGCUAUGAAGCGCAUCAAGUACAACCGGAGAUUCGUCAACGUUGUUGUCGGCUUUGGAAAGAAGAAGGGACCGAACUCUCAAUAAGUGAUAGGAGGAGGAAGGAGACCGCAAGGGUGGACAGCUGUGGUGCUACUUUGGUCUCCUCAGCUCCCCUGAAGCCUGGCGUGGGUUGGCUUCAGCAGUGUACCUUCAUCGUCCUCAAGAUGGGUUUCCAGGCUUGCAAUCUGGGCAUGUAGGAUUUGCAGCACAGAGAAAGGAUUUGUAGCACAGAGAAGGCAGAUCAGCCCAAUCCUUGCAGAUGAAUGUGUGCGGACUCUGAAUUGAUGUGGUCUAGACCAGUUCCCGGAUGUCCAAGGAAUGUCUAUUUCUUGAUGUCCGUGAUGGCCGGACGAAGCCAUGGCCGCCAGUAAUAGAGCACUUGGACUGCCCAGGGUCUGAUGCAUAAUGCAGCUGGUGGUUGCUGCUAUGUAAGAGAGAGCUUUGCAUCUGCCU